CCGACCUAGAAUUUCAUAUUUUAGGGGGCCAAUUGGGUGAUUUAUGAAAAUAAAGAAAAAAGAGGGGAUGAUCACAUGGAUGAACAAGGAGGCGCAUCCUCAGGCGGAUAUUUCGCAAAGGAGAGAAUCAACCCCGCGGGACAUCAGCGGAAACUUCUGAAAAGCAAAGGACUAAUUUUGAUUUUAUUAAUAAAUUUAAAAUUAAAAUUGUAAGCAUUUUUCCUUUUCAUACCAGUCAACAAGUAAGCGCUUUCGCCUACACAACAACAAACACACUGUGCUGCGCUAUUCUCUGUUAUCACUCACUCCUCGAUCGAAGAACUUCGAUCUUUCUUUUGGCGGGAAAAAGUAGCAAGUAGUGAUGGGAGUUUCAGAGAAUUACAAGGGGUUGAUACUUGCGGUAUGUUCAAGUGGAUUCAUUGGUGCUAGCUUCAUCUUGAAGAAGAAAGGUCUUAAACGUGCUGCUUCACGCGGUACUCGUGCAGGAGGUGGUGGUUAUACUUAUCUUCUAGAGCCACUAUGGUGGGCUGGCAUGAUAACAAUGAUUACUGGGGAAGCUGCAAACUUUGUGGCUUAUAUUUAUGCUCCAGCAGUUUUGGUUACUCCUCUCGGCGCACUUAGCAUCAUUGUCAGUUCUGUUUUGGCUCACUUCUUGUUGAAGGAGCGACUUCAGAAGAUGGGUGUGUUGGGAUGUGUAUCCUGCAUUGUCGGAUCAAUUGUUAUUGUCAUCCAUGCACCACAAGAACACACUCCGAAUUCUGUUCAAGAAAUAUGGGAAUUGGCCACUCAACCAGACUUUAUGAUGUAUGCCGCCGCAACAGUUUCAGUAGUUUUGGUCUUGAUUUUAAAUUUUGAACCUCGAUAUGGACAGACGAAUAUGCUUGUCUACUUGGGAAUCUGUUCAUUAAUGGGCUCCCUCACGGUGGUGAGCAUAAAGGCCAUUGGAAUUGCAAUAAAGCUUACACUUGAUGGAAUAAGUCAAAUAGCUUAUCCCCAAACUUGGUUUUUUGUUAUAGUGGCUGUGAUAUGCGUCAUUACACAGUUGAAUUACCUUAACAAGGCCCUGGAUACAUUCAAUGCAACAAUCAUUUCUCCUGUAUAUUAUGUGAUGUUCACAACUCUUACAAUUAUUGCAAGUGCAAUAAUGUUUAAGGAUUGGUCUGGUCAGGAUGUCAGCAGCAUAGCCUCUGAGAUAUGCGGAUUCAUCACCGUUCUUUCGGGAACAAUCAUUUUACAUGGGACUAAAGAACAGGAAGAAUCCACUAGGCAAGGGUCCUUGACGUGGUUUAUCAAAGAAGAUUCGAUAAAAUGUGUUGAGGAUGAACAUCUUAUCGUUAUAAAUGGUUCUGAUUAUCUUCAAAAUUGACGUUUCCUUCUGAGGUCGAUGGAAGGGAACAUAUUCUUUAAGCAACGAUACAAUGAAACGUGUCUUCCCAUGGUUGUGAGUGGUGCAUUUUUGCGGUGGGGAUUGCUUGUCCUUUCAUGCUGGAGCUUGAAUUCAAGCACUCUAUGGUACUAUAUUUUUCUGAGCAUUUCUUUGGCAGCUAUUCUCUGGAUCAUCUCAAAGCAUUUCUAGGGUUGCUGCUCAUUGCAACAAUUGCGAUUAAUUACUGAUCUAGUUGUAUAUUCUAUCAUUCAUGGUAUAGUCAAGUGUAAUUUUUCUUUUUAUUAUUUUAGUAGAUAAUAAUCAAUUGUUUAUAUGUUUCAGUUUAUAUUUCUCAUUUAAUUAUAAGAUAUUUUUUCGUUACUAUUAUUGGAGAUGAUAAAUUAUAUUGAUU